AUGCCUCUUUUUAAGCCCAAAGAACUUACUCCAAAAGUCCUCGUACCGGAAACGCUCUUUCCUGAUGGCCUUGUAUUGCUGCAAAGCUCCCUCGAUGUCGAUGAGCGAAAGGGUCUCACUCCCGACGAGCUGCUGAGAAUUAUUCCCGAUUACGAUGCUUUGCUGGUUCGCUCCGAGACCAAGGUCACUGCUGCUGUACUCCAAGCUGCUCGGCGUUUGAAAGUGGUUGCUCGUGCUGGAGUCGGUGUGGACAAUGUUGACGUCGACGAAGCUACGAAGCUGGGAAUUGUCGUUGUCAACUCCCCAUCUGGAAACAUUGGCGCUGCUGCCGAGCACACCAUCGCAUUGAUGAUGUCCAUGGCGAGGAAGAUCCCUGAAGCUUGUGCUAGUCUGAAGGAUGGGAAGUGGGAACGAAGCAAGUUUGUUGGCGUGGAGGUCAAAGGCAAGAUACUGGGCAUCAUAGGGCUGGGAAAAGUGGGAUUGACCGUGGCUCGAUUGGCCAAGGGACUAGGUAUGACCGUCAAUGCACUGGACCCGUAUGCCUCACCUGCUGUUGCUGCGUUGGCAUCCGUCAACCUCGUCUCUUCACUGGCCGAGUUCCUGCCAUCCGUUGACUUUCUGACCAUCCAUACACCCUUGAUUGCUUCGACGCGCGGGAUGAUAAGCAAAGCCGAAUUGGCCCAAAUGAAACCCGGUGCUCGCAUACUGAAUGUGGCACGGGGCGGAACAGUUGAUGAAGGAGCUUUGCUGGAAGCUCUCGAGUCCGGCCACUUGGCAGGAGCUGCUGUAGACGUGUUCACCUCCGAGCCGCCAGACUUGGAUUCAACAGCAGGCAAGCUCGUCGCCCAUCCGAGGGCAGUCGUGACACCACACCUGGGCGCUUCAACAGUGGAAGCUCAAGAAAAUGUGUCGGUCGAUGUGUGCGAGCAAGUACUGGAGAUCCUGAAAGGUUCACUGCCACGGAGUGCUGUCAAUGCACCCCUCAUUCUGCCGGAAGAGUACCAGAAAUUGCAGCCCUUCGUGCGUCUUGUCGAAAAACUGGGCAGCCUUUACACUCAGCACUAUGCUGCGAUGCCGGGAGGUUCUAUGACCUGGAACACAUUCGAUCUCAUCUAUCAAGGUGAGAUUGCCAGUAUAAGCAAUACUAAGCCCCUAUUUGCCGCCUUGAUCAAGGGCCUCCUGGCACCCAUCAGCAGCGCCGAUGGUAUCAACAUCAACAUUGUCAAUGCCGAGUUAGUGGCUCGCGAGCGUGGAAUCUUUGUAUCUGAGCGGCACUCUCGUGACCCGGCAGACCAGUCUUCUUCUUACUCUUCUCUUGUUACUCUGGUUGCUCGGCCGCCAUCUCGCGCUUCAUCUCGGGCACCGGCGUCGGUGGAGGUUGUCACUGGAGCACCGCAAGGACACAACCAGCGCAUCAUUUCAGGCACUUGCUCUGGUGAUCGACUUCUGAUCACUCGUCUUGGAAGAUUCGAGGCUUCUUUCGAGCCCGAAGGAAAUCUUAUUAUUUGUGAAAACUACGAUUCCCCAGGAAAGAUUGGGGUUGUGGGAAGUAUACUUGGGCAAGCAGGUGUGAACAUCAACUUCAUGACCGUAGCACCUGUUUCGCCAAACUUAGUUUUCAAUGACCUGGGCCUCACUCCUGACAAGGAUGGCUCUGAGAAUACCGUGGCUAAGGGAGAAUUUUCCUCGCUGAAUGAAGCUUUGAUGAUUCUUGGGAUUGAUCGUGAUGUCCCGCUGCAGGUUACUAGCGAUCUGGCUAAGGAGGGCGGGGUCUUGAGUGCUUGCGCUGUUACGCUCUAG